AUGACACGAAUAGUCGUAGCAUUCGACCUCUACGGUACUAUCCUCUCAACUGCGUCAAUUGCAGGCGAGUUGGAAAGCCUUUACGGGAAAGACAAAGCCCAGUCCAUCGCAUCUCUCGCUAGGAGAUAUCAGCUUGAGUAUACAUGGCGUGCGAACAGUAUGGGCACAUAUCGCUCAUUUAGCGAACUCACAAGGUGGUCGUUCCGACAAGCUACGAAGGAAAUUGGCGUUGAGCUCACUUCGGAGCAAGAGGAACGUGUUAUGAAUGCCUACAAUGGUCUCGAUACGUUCCCGGAUGUUGAUGAUGCCCUUAAGAGGCUGGCAGAAAGCCCCUCUAUUGACCCAUACAUCUUCUCCAACGGCACAUUCAAUAUGCUCGCUUCAUCACUCAAAACAUCACCUUCGCUUUCAAAGGCAAGCAAUGUGUUUCCUCAGGAGAAGCUCGUGAGCAUCGAUUCAAUUCAGGUGUUUAAGCCGGACCCUCGCACCUAUAAGUUCAUGGCCAAGACAGCAGGCUUAGAGUCGGAGCUUAACAAACUCUGGCUCGUGAGCUCGAAUCCAUUCGAUGUGGCUGGUGCGAGUGCUACUGGGCUCAAAAGUGCAUGGAUCGAUCGCGAGGGAAAGGGAUGGAGUGAUGGUCUUGCAGGUUCAUUGGAUGUAAAGCCAACAGUUAUCGCUUCUACUGUGGAUGAAGCCGUGCAGACGAUUUUGCGCCAGUCUGGUGAGUAG